GUCGUUGGUUUCUGUUUUGCCGCCGCACCCAAGAAUCUGCAGAGAUGAAGUUGGAUGUGGAUGUGUUGAGAUACCUCACAAAAGAGGAUUUUAGGGUAUUAACCGCUGUCGAAAUGGGAAUGAGAAAUCAUGAAAUCGUACCCGCUGAACUGAUUGAGCGUAUAGCAGCGCUCAAGCAUGGUGGCACUUAUAAAGUUAUGAAAAAUCUGCUCAAGCAUAAGCUCUUGCACCACGAUGCCUCCAAAUAUGAUGGAUUUCGGCUAACGUAUCUCGGUUAUGAUUUUCUUGCAAUAAAGACUUUGGUUAACCGUGGAGUCUUUUCAGCUGUUGGUCGUCAACUUGGUGUUGGAAAAGAGUCUGAUAUUUUUGAGGUGGCCACCGAAGAUGGUACAGUGAUGGCAAUGAAAUUGCACAGGCUCGGUAGAACUUCUUUCAGGGCUGUCAAGUCUAAGCGUGAUUACUUAAAACAUCGUAGCAGUUUCAAUUGGCUAUACUUGUCUCGACUAGCUGCACUCAGAGAGUUUUCUUUUAUGAAGGCUUUAGAAGAGCAUGGUUUUCCUGUUCCAAAUGCUGUAGAUUGUAAUAGGCAUUGUGUGAUUAUGUCACUAGUACCAGGCUACCCACUUGUGCAGGUGAAGCAAUUGGAAAAUCCUGAGAUAGUUUUCAAUACUAUCAUUGGGAUCGUUGUUCGUCUGGCAGAACAUGGUUUGAUUCACUGUGACUUCAAUGAAUUUAACAUUAUGAUUGAUGAUGAUGAGAAGGUCACCAUGAUUGAUUUUCCACAAAUGGUCUCUGUAUCACAUCGUAAUGCUCAAAUGUACUUUGACCGUGAUGUAGAAUGUGUCUUCAAGUUUUUCAGCAAGAGGUUCAACAUGUCUUUCCAUGAAUGCACAGCUGAUAUUGAUGGCACAGCAGUGGACACAGAUGAUAGUGGUAGGCCUUCUUUUACUUCAAUAGCAAAGGAUACUGGUUUUUUGGACAAAGAACUUUCUGCCAGUGGGUUUACUAAAAAGGAUCAUGAAGAAAUUGCUAAGUUUAUUGAAGGAGGGAUAAAGAAGGAUGCUAGUUCUGAUGAUGAAGAUACUGAAGAUGUUGGAGAUACUGAAGAUGAUGAACACACCUCUGUGCUAAAUGAAGCAAACACAAUGGGUAUUGAUUCACUGCAAGUGGUAGAUCAGGUGUUACAGCAUGAUGAGCAAGUUGAACUAGAGGGCAAUGUAAGAACAUGUGAAGGAGGUCCGAGCAGUGAACCCGAAAAUGAAGACAGCAGAAACGAGGAGGGAGAUGAUGAGACAGUUGAUGAUGACAAUGAUGCUGAGUUGGAAAAACGCUUAAACAAGGUCAGGCGACGUGCUGUCACAGCAGCCCGUGGAGGACGAAAAACUUUUGCGUCCAGAAAUACCUAUAAAGACAAGGGUGGUAAAUCCUCUAACAGUUCCAAAAUCCAGAGACAAUUAAGUAGCUGGUAGAAUAUGUGAAGUGGGACCAAGAAAUCCAAGCUUGGGUGUUGAAGAUAUCAGCUAUAGAGUUGUAUAUGACACUCUUUUUUCUUAUAAUGAUGAUCAUGAGAUGGAUAAGUUCAGUGUAAGUUUUGAGUCCUUGGCCAACAGGGGAGAAAAGGUAUUUUAAAAGUGAUCGAAGGAACUACUGUAGAUGUUGGUUCUUCGUACCCUGUUGCCAUGGCUUUGGUUUUGUUAAUCAGUGGUGAACUUUGUACUCGUAUUUAUUGAUUUUAUAAGAUGUCAGUUAGAUACUCAA